CGCCCAGCCAGGGUGGUGCUUGUGUGGGAAGGAUGUUAAAUCCAGCUGCCAGACCCCUGGAUGGAGAGGCAGAGAGGCCGGCCACCAUGCACAGCUCCUGCCAUCUCCCCGCAUUCCUGCUGCCCCUGCUCCUGCUGGCGGCCCCCACCAGCCCGGCUGCCGCUCUCAGUGAUGAUGAGAAACGCGCGAUGGUUGAACUGCACAACCUCUACCGAGCCCAGGCAUCCCCGCCCGCUGCCAACAUGCUGCAAAUGAGGUGGGACGAGGAGCUGGCCGCCUUCGCCAAGGCCUACGCGCAGCAGUGCGUGUGGGGCCACAACAAGGAGCGCGGGCGGCGAGGCGAGAACCUGUUCGCCAUCACGGACGAGGGCAUGGACGUGCCGCUGGCCAUGGAGGAGUGGCACCACGAGCGCGAGCAUUACAACCUCAGUGCCGCCACCUGCCACCGCGGCCAGAUGUGUGGCCACUACACUCAGGUGGUCUGGGCCAAGACCGAGAGGAUUGGCUGUGGCUCCCACUUCUGUGAGAAGCUCCAGGGUGUUGAGGAGACCAAUAUCCAAUUGCUGGUUUGCAACUAUGAGCCCCCAGGGAAUGUGAAGGGGCAGAGGCCCUACCAGGAGGGGACUCCGUGCUCCCAGUGUCCCUCCGACUACCGCUGCCAUGACUUCCUCUGCGAACCCAUCAGAGGCCCGGAAGAGGCCGAGGAUUUGACUUACCUGGCAACUGACGCCUCCUCAGGUACUAGGAAAAAGGGUGUUCCUUCUUCCCUAGCAAUGGACACUCCAUCCUUGGUGACAGAAGUCUCAGGCACCCGGGCAACCACGGCGCCACCUGUCACAGAAACCAAGGCCCUGUCUUCCUUAGCAACGGAAAACGCCCCUUUCAGGGCAGCAGAGGCUCCACCUUCCUUAACAAGUGAGGCCCCAGCCUUUUUGGCAACUCGCUGCCUUUUUCCCUUUCAUGAUCGGCCAGCUACCUUCCUCAAACUGACCCAUGAUCCCAUCCCCACAUGGGCAGACAAAGAAGCCAGCAGAACAAGAAUGCCCUCCAGUAGCCCGGAGAGUUCUCUGCACCCCAAGAUACCCUUGACAGGGACACAGGAGCCGCUACUGCACCCCCAGGAGGAGGGAGAAGCUGAGGCUGAGUUGCCUCCUUCCAGUGAGGUCUUGGCCUCAGUUUUUCCGGACCAGGGUGAGCCAGGAGAGCUGCAGGCCACACUGGACCACAAGGGGCACACCUCCUCCAAGUCCCUUUCCAACUCCCCCAAUACCUCCACCACCGCUAAUGCCAUGGGCGGGCGAACGCUGGCCCUGCAGUCGCCUUUGUCAGGUGCAGAAGGCCCUGAAAAGCCUGGCAGGUCAGGGCUGGACUCGGGCCCUGGUCAUGUCUGGGUCCCUCUCCUAGGCCUGCUGCUACUGCCUCCCCUGGCAUUGGCCGGAAUCUUCUGAAGCGAUCACCACUCAAGGGUGAAGAGGUCAGCUGUCCUCCUGCCAUCUCCCCCACCCAGUUCCCAGCCCCCAAACAAGAUGCUUCUUGGCCGAAGGCCCUCUGGAAGGGAAAGGCUGCAGGGAAGGUGCCUCAUCCACAGCUGCGUUGAGGGCAAGAGACCUGGCUGGCUGCAAGCUCAGGUUGCUGAGCAAUGUCUGCACACCUGGCCUGGACCCCACCCAUCUCAGUCCUGAGGGGGGUGGGGAUUCUGGGGAGAUGCCUGUGUAGCUGAGGAGGGGAGUUGUGAGGGGCAGAUGAAGGGCAAGUCUCACCGGAGUGGGGUCCCAUAGGGGUAGUAGCAGGCAGGGACCAAGAGAGGGAAGCAGCAGCCCCUGGCUCCUGAAUAAAAGCCAGUGUAAGAGUU